AUGAGCUCACUGCGAGACGACGAAAUUUCACAAAAAUACUUCUAUGCUGGGUGUUUUGGGCUUCCAUGGUUGUGGAUUGUACACGCCAUGAAUUACAAAACAAAGAGCAAAAAGAGUUCAGGCGCCUUGCUCACUCAAGAGGGAAAUCAACCAGAGGACCUGACACAACAGGAGUGUGAUCGAGCUGAGAAACAGUGGGUUGACCGUUGUCGGUCAUCAGCAAUUGUUGUCUCAAUCGCAUGGCUAGCUUGGGUUUUGGUUGUGCAAGUAUUCCUGACAGACAUUUUCCCAACAGAGCUUUUUGUACGAACCGCUGAGCAAGGAGAAUACACUGGAUGGUAA